CGGUGUUGUACUACUUGUACUGUAGACUGUAGUGUACACUCCACUGCCCGCCACCCGAACUUCGUGCGCCGGCGACCUUCUUUGACCAGCGCCGCGGGCCGGGUGAUAGUCAAUAAUUAGCGGUCGACCGACGAACGAAACCUUUCGCGCGCGCUGUUAAUCGCCCGUAGUCCGUGCGAUUGUAUUAUGCACUGUGGUUUUUUUUUUUUUUGUUUGUUUUGCUGUAGUUGUCAGUUUUCCACGACGACGCGUUCCCGACUUGUAAGCCGCUCGCACCAAACCCGAAUAGGGUAGGGCGAUCAUCGAUUAUUCACAAUAACAAUAAUACAUAGGACUUGAACAUUUCGACAGUGUCAGCUGCGCGAAAUCGAUUUCGACGGUUGUGCUGCUCUCUAAAUUAUAACAUGAUGAAGUUUGGAAGCAAAAACUCCACCAAUACUCCAAUCAAGUGUACCAUCCGUCUAUUGGACGACUCUCAGUUGCUGGACAGCGAAUUUCAGAUAAAUGAAAAAGGCAGCAGUUUGAUAAGUCGUAUUUGUGAACAAUUGGAUUUAAUCGAAAAAGAUUAUUUUGGUUUACGUUAUGUUGAUAGCAAACGUCAAAGGCAUUGGCUAGAACCCUCAAAAUCAAUUUUUAAACAAAUACGAGAUAUGGAAGCAGACAAUAUAUUAUUUAGCUUUCGUGUUAAAUUUUAUCCACCAAAUCCAUUUCGGUUAAAAGAAGAUAUUACUCGUUACCAAAUUUAUCUUCAAUUAAAAAGGGAUUUAUUACAUGGUCGGCUUUACUGUAAUACUUCUGAAGCUGCUCUGCUAGGAGCUUAUAUACUACAAGCUGAACUCGGAGAUUUCAAUCCAGAAGAACAUAUUGAUAAUUAUGUAAGUGAAUUAAAAAUAUUAUUAAAACAAACUUUACAAUUGGAAGAGAAAAUGAUGGAUAUUCAUAAAAAUGAAUUGAAAGGCAAAACUGCAGCUGAAAUGGAAACAAUUUUUUUGAAAAAAGCAUGUGUCUUGGAUACAUAUGGAGUUGAUCCUCAUGCUGUUAAGGAUCAAAGAGGCAAUCAACUUUAUUUAGGCAUCAAUCAUACUGGAAUACUUACAUUCCAAGGAAGUAAGAAAAUGAACCAUUUCAGCUGGUCACAAGUUCAGAAAAUUAACUUUGAGGGUAAAAUGUUCAUCAUUCAUAUCAUUCUCAAUGAGGAUCAGAGAAUCAAGAAAAAGCAAACUAUUGGUUUUAAAUGUCCUAGAGGUUCUUCGUGUCGUCAUGUAUGGAAAUGUGCCGUUGAACAAAUGUUAUUUUUCACAUUUCCAUCAAGCUCUGAUGUUCCUAAUGUAGUUUCUGGUGGAGGUUUUUUUUCAUGGGGUACCAAAUUUAAGUACAGUGGGCGUGUUGAGCGGGAAAUAUUAGAAGAUAUGACUAUUACCAGAGAAUCUCCAACUGUAACACGUGUUGGUAGUCUUAGAAGAAAAUCAUCAAGUGAACCUCCUACGCCUUCAAACCUUGUUGUUAAUCAAGUUGGAUUUAAUAGCCUUUCUCGUUCAUCAACAAACACUAGUGAAGAAUAUAAUACUUCAAUGGAUUCAUCCAAUCAAAUUGAUAAUUCUUCAGUUUUAGAGCCUUUAAUAGAAGAUCAAGAGAUUGUAACAUCUAAAAUUGAACAAGAGAUCCAUCAUGAAGAAAUCUUGAAUGAUCAUUUACUGAUUGAUUUUACAACGACGGUAACAGACAGUCCACCAUUAAUCCAAUCUAUUUCGAAUCAAUUGUCUGGUCAAAAGCAUUUAGAGACUACUGCAAUUCGUAACAGUGGAUCAAGCUUGUCAUUCUUGCGGCAGACUUUACUGCCAUUAAUAUUUGCAUUGUUUAUGAUGGUUUUAAUUGUAGUUAUUGUUCUAGAAUCUGAUUUUGAUAUCAUUGCUACCAUCAGAAAAGCACCAGAAAUUGCUGCUUUCAAAAAGAAUUAUUAUGAACCUAUUAAAGACUUAUUACUACGACGUUUUAUCAGGUCAAAGAUAUUUUAGUAAAUGAAUACUACUUGUUCAAUCACCUUUUAAAGUAGCUUUACACUCUAGAGUAAGAUGCAUGAAAAUUGAUUUAAAAUUAAGUUCAAGGUGAUGAAGUUAAUUAGAUACCAACUUGACAUAAUUAUUCAAAACUAAAUGUCUUUUGCUAGGUUGCAUAAACAAUCAUUAAGUAAAAAUUUAAUGUAUUAAUAUUAAACUAUUAGUACCUUAAAUAUGAUUUAAUGGCCCG